AUGGACAGCCGCCGUCAAUCAGACACAAGUACUCCUGUGGAGGGUGAUUCUCCAGAUUAUGUGGACACUCCAGCAACACAAGCCUCAGACCUCUUCGACCAUUUUAAUGAGUUGUUGCAGAGACUCCCCACUGAAAGCCCGUACAUUCUCGUUACGGGUGGGCUAGGCUUCAUUGGAAGCCACACGACAUUGGAAUUGCUCAAGGCUAAUUAUAAUGUGAUUGUCGUUGACAACCUGAGCAACGCUUUUGAGAACGUUUUUGAACGCAUCGAUCUCCUUGCUCGCAAAUUUCACGAGGAGAAUGGAACAAAAAUGCCAUCAUUGCGACUACACGCUCAUGACUAUCGAGACACAUCAGCUCUUCAAUCUCUGCUAGAGGAAUUCCAGGUUCCAUCAAGAUGGGGCAUGGCAAAGUCGAGGAUUGCAGGCGUCAUUCAUUUUGCCGCAUACAAGGCUGUGGAGGAGAGCAUCCGGAACCCAUUGAAGUAUUAUGCCAACAACGUGAGCGGCCUGAUUGACUUUGCAGCAAUGCUUGGGGAUUUCGGCAUCAAGACAUUCGUCUUUUCCUCAUCUGCCACCGUAUACGGCACUCUGGCUACUUCAGGCCUGCCGCUGAAAGAGGAGCUUUGUGUUCACAAGAAGGAAGUCCAUACCGACAACACAGGAGCAGUAAAGAUUCUUCAACCAGGAUGCAAAGGCAUCACCAACCCAUACGGACGCACCAAAUGGUUUGGCGAGGCCAUUUUAGCAGAUAUCGCUACUUCUGAUCCGGAAUGGACCAUUGUCGCUCUACGAUACUUCAAUCCUGUUGGCUGUGACCCGUCUGGCCUUUUGGGAGAAGACCCGCGGCAAACCCCAACAAACCUGCUUCCCGUGGUUGUCAAAGUGAUGACAGGCCAGUAUGCGGAGUUGUCAAUGUUUGGAACCGACUGGGAGACGAAAGAUGGCACGGCUGUCCGAGAUUUCAUCCAUGUCACUGAUUUGGCUCAGGGUCACAUUGCGGCCCUCAGGGCUGCCAACGACGGUCAACUUAGUGAAAACUUCCGCACUUUUAACCUGGGCACUGGAUCUGGACACUCUGUACUAGAGGUGGCCAACACAAUGGAGGCUGUCACCUCAAAAACCCUUCCCAGGCGGGCUGCAGAUCGCCGUGCUGGUGAUGUGGGAUCAUGCGUCGCAGUUGUCGAUCGAUCUCAAGAUGAGCUUCAGUGGAAGACAGAGAAAUCACUGAGGGAUGCUUGUCAGGACAUUUGCAAUUUCUUGGAUGUCAGUGGUCUAUCUUCAUAA